AUGGAUCAAACUACUGGUGUCACGGCGGAAACAAACAAGGCAGAGUCUUCAGCCGAACGCCCUGCCGCCAGCAAGAUUCCUGCAUCCGAGGCAGCCAAAGACCAGAAGAAAUGCAAGAAGCAUGUUGUGCCAUCCAGCAAGGCAAAACCCAAGCCCAAGCCCAAGCCUAAGCACAAGCAUGGCAGCAAGAAAAAAGACGUCACCGAGACAGAAGUCGAAUCCUCAGACUCAGAGUCCCCUUCGGAAGCCUCGACCGAUAGUGACGGUUCGAGUGACUCGGACAGCGACUCUUCCUCCGUCGUCGAAGCCUCUAAGAAGAAGGCCAAAGUCAAGAAACUGCGAGCCCAGGCGAAAGCACUAGCGAAGGAGCUCAAGAAGCAACGAAAGAAAUCUAAAAAGAAGCCAACAACUACAACUACUACGGAGGAGGACUCGUUCAGCGAGUCCGAGUUGGAAGAGGAGGUCAUUAAGCCUCGAUCGAGAGUCCGAGUCAAGUCGUCCAAGAGGGUGUCCAGGAAACAUGCCAGUCCUGACCGAGAUGAAUGUGAUGUGAUCGAUAUCUGUGAAGACCCCAAUUCUGCAAGAUUACGCCAGCUGAAAUCCUCGUUGCGCAAGCUCGACUUCGACCCCAAUACGCUUCCUCCUCCGUCUGCUGUCUUUGGCAUGCCUAGAGGUCAAAUCAAUCCGGAGCCCAUGCUGCCCAUCGAGACCUAUGGCCAGCCUCGACGAAGCCGGCGUAGAGAUGUCGUCCUCGAUGAUCAAUUUCUUCAAGACCUCGAGGAAGUCAAGCCGAAGAAGCACAAGAAGCCGAAGCGCGCCUCCAAGGUGGCCUACAAACGAGUGGACCAACUCUGGGAUCAGUCCAUCCACAACUUCAAGCUCACCGAGACGGUCAAAAACACUGGCGAGGCCAUCUGGGACCAAUACAUCUUUACUGUUCGUCGUCGGUUUGACUGGGAGCACAAAUAUCUGACCACCGUCGUCGACAUCAAAUCCGAACCUCUCAAGGAAUGCCUUCAACACGUCAUGGCCGGCGUCAAGGGCAUCAGUCUCGUGGAAGACACCCCCCAUCUUGAUCCCAACAUGCUCUUCCUGUAUCUGGAAGAGAUGAGAGAGUAUGCCAGGACGCUCGAGGACGACACGGGGGGAAAGAAGCGCAAGGAGGCCAAAGCUUCCAAGAUCAAAGCCAAACACCUCCGCGUGAUGGUCAAAUACCUAGACAAAGAUUUUGCUGAAACCAAGAAGAAUCUCUAUCCCAUGCUGGAAAGUGGCAUGAUCACGUUUGAUCUCCUGUGGGCCCUGUACAAGCCCAACGCCAUUGUCUACUCAUCCACCUAUGGAGAUCAAGACGAACCUCGCGCCUUCAAGAUCGACUUCACCACCAAGGAGUCGCACUUUAUGAGGGGUAGCUGGUAUAUUGUCGAAGGUCGAUACCUGGAGUACGACGGCAAGAACUUUGGAAUGGGCACCACGCACUCAGAAAUCUCGUCUUUCCAAGGCGUGCGCAAGAUCACCUCAUUGGACUGCUAUCCGAUUCAGUAUCACAAACACGCCGACAAGAUGCGGUCUCAGCUGAUUGAGCGUGGAAAGCAGUUUGUGUCCCUCCAGGGCAUGAAUUACCGCCAUCACAAGGGCAUGGCCUACACCAAACGCAAGAAGCAAGUCUUGAAGAUCAACAUCGAUGGGCGUGUCAUGGUCGAUCCCGCCAUCCAUCGCCGCAUCAACCCCAACUAUCCUGCCAGUGUCAUCAAGCCCAAAGACGAUCCAGAAGGACUCCUGCUGGACGACUCGGAUGACGACUGUGGCUGCGGCUUUGAUAGUGGCUCUGACCUGGGGGGCAACAACCAGACCACUCCUUCGGAUGAAACCAUUCAGGUGCAGGAGACCAAGAAAUACAAAGUGGUGAAGACGCCGGAUGGUCAAAAUGUCAUUAUCGAGGUCAACUCGAAGGAGGACCUGGACUGGAGCCAAAAGGCUGAACCGCUUGAGGACGACAAGCUGUCUACCCACGAGUUUACCGAGGAAGAACUGCUCAUUGCCAGCCCGGUCGUCUUGGGCUUCGCGUUUGGUGAGAAACUUUGGCUCGAGUUCACCGUCUCCGGCAUCACCGACGUUGUCUUCAACGACCAAGCAUUUGAAAGCCUUGUCCUUCCGGACAGCCACAAGUCCAUCGUCAAGGCCCUUGUUUCCAGCCAUGCCUUCCAAGCCCACAAAAGCAUUGACGACAUCAUCUCUGGCAAAGGCCGUGGCUUGGUGGCCGUUCUCCAUGGUCCUCCCGGCACCGGCAAGACCUUGACCGCCGAAGGAAUCGCGGAUCUCCUCAAGUGUCCCUUGUACAUGGUCAGCGCGGGCGAUCUGGGCACGGAACCCACCAAACUUGAGAAGGAACUCCAGAACAUCCUGGAUAUUGCCCACAGCUGGGGUGCGAUCCUUUUGCUGGACGAAGCCGAUGUCUUCUUGGAACAACGGUCCAUCCAUGACAUCCAUCGCAAUGCUCUCGUCAGCAUCUUCCUUCGUCUGCUUGAAUACUUUCAAGGCAUUCUCUUCCUGACCACCAACCGCGUGGAGACGUUUGACGCCGCCUUUGUGUCACGGAUCCACCUGUCGCUGCGCUUCCAGAACCUCACGACCAAGGCCAAACGCACCGUGUGGAAGCUUUUCAUUGACCGGGUCAAGAAUCAAGAAGGGAUGCAACUUGCGAAUAUCACCGAGCAGGAUUACAACGACCUCGCGCGCCGCGAAGUCAAUGGGCGACAGAUCAAGAACCUUGUGCGCGCCGCACAAGCUCUGGCUGUGCACGAAGAAGUGCCUCUGAGUAUGGUGCAUAUCAAGCGUGUGAUUGAUGUGGCUGAGAGCUUUGAGAUGGAUCUCAAAGGUGGGACUGGAUACACGGACGCCAUGAGAAGUGAGUUCUAUUUGUGA